UGCUGCCCUGUGAUUUAAGUCGGCAUGUCUUUGAUAGCCUCUGCUCGGCUCUUCAUCCUGUGCAACGUCUGGUGCUCGAUCCAUGGGGCUUCUGUGGCUGUGCCAGAUGUUGCUGUGAGAUGUGCUGAAGAAGUGCUGCUGCCUUGUAACGCUCACUGGGACUCCACAGCCACCUACCAGACCGUGUCUUGGUAUAAAAUGGCUGAACACGGUGAAGGAAGAGCGUGGAAAGUCCUGGAUUUGGACGCUCCUUACGCGGACGAGCUCGGUGACUCCCUGGAGCUCGCCAACGACACGCUCUUCUCCCUGAGGAUCAGGAAUGCUUCGAGCCGCAGCAGCGGGACGUACAGGUGCACUGUGCGGGAGCCAAGCGGAGCACGCAAUCUCAGUGGCACAGUCACGUUGAGAGUAUCAGGUUGCCCUGGAAUACUAGGAGAUGAGAAACUGAAAAAAUACAAAACAGAGCUUUUGAUGCUGACUUGCCUUGGGAUUUUUUACUUACUGCUCAUCUUUUUCACAUGUACAUGUCUAAGAAAAGAUAGUAUGUCUCCCAAUUAUCAUAAAAACAGAACGGAUGUGAAACACAUGCUCACCCUCAUCAGUGCACGUGAGACGACAACUUUCCAGGAUUUAAACAGUGACAGCACGUACAAGAAUCAGCUUACUUCCAUUUCGGUCUAAGCUGAUGUCGUUGACGGCACUGGGGGCUCAUCAGUAACCAA